UUGACACUGAUGAUCCGGGAUCCGAACCGAAACCGAUCAAACUGACCCAAAACAACGACCGAACGCGUCAUCUGUCACGAGGCAUUUAACAUCCGCCGGAGGAAAAGUCUUUCCCGGAGGUUCAGCUGGGAUAAUGCUGAUCGGACCUGUCGUGUCGCUGUUUUAGACUGUAAAUAAACCGUGUUUGUGUCGGUAUGGCGGAGGCGCGAGCUGAGGAAGAAGAUGAGCGUUUGCGCGAGCCCGGCGGCGCGAGACGGAGCGCAGCAGAACAUUCAGACCGGAAUAAACCAGACCAGCGUCUCUCCAGCUGUUUGUGUGUCAGUUUGGUUUUUGUGUUUGUGUUUUUUUAUGGAAAUUGUGCAGCGUCAACCAGAACGAGUUCUCAGAGCGACCAUCACAGAGACCGGAGGCGUCCAGAAAUCACCAUCCUCUCUGCUGAACCUCUGCCGUCCAACACCUGGUUCCCAGGAGCCUCCGGAGCCUUUCCUCCAGCCCCGCCCCCGGCCCCGCCCUCCUGGUCUGCUGCCUCUGGAUCAGUGCAGCUGCCUCCACCCUCAUAUGAGCAGGUGAUCAAAGAAAAGACACGUGAACAGAAUCUUCCCUCCACCUCCUCAUCCUCCUCCCCCUCCUCGCCUCCGUCCUCUCGCCGCUCUACCUCCACCAUCGCCACGCAGACGGACACCGACUCCCCCGACCCACAAUCCCCUGCUGCCCGGCCAGUUUGCAGACCCCUGAAACCCCCCCGCCCGUCUCUGCCUCUCAAACGCACCACAUCGCCUCAUGCGGACCCGUUCAUCGACUCGGAUGGGUCCGAGACCAGGCCUCAAACACAAGACGUUCCGCGCAAACCAGAGCAGUGUGACGCUCAGACCGACUCUGAUGAUGUGACCGGUGACGUCACACUCAUAGACUCCGCCCCCACUUUCAGAGAGUUCACUCAGAGUACCCUUGAUUUCAGACCUGAACCAAUGAGGGAGGAGCCCAGCGUGCGGCCCAGACCCCGCCCCCGCUCCAGAGCCUCCUUACAAGCAACCAUCAGCGAGGAGGUGCUGGAUCAGCCAAUGACGAGAGAGGUGAAGGUUCAGACCCUCGUGCGUCUGAAGGACGAUGGGGCGGAGAGCGCCUUCGCCAGGUUCAGCGACGCCUCCUCCAAUUUCUCCAGCAAAUACAUGCAGGAUCUGCUUGAGGUGUUCGGUCCUGAAGACGCAAACGUUGAUGAUGACCGGCAACAAAAUGAAGAGGAGACUUCUGUCAUCUCCGCUGUGCCAUCUGAACCGUUCAAUAGACCACAACCACGUCCAAGAACUCAGAAACCCAAACCUCUGCUUCCUCCGAAACCAUCUAGACUAGAAAGUGAUGUCUUUGAGCCCGAAGAGCCUAGCGUCAAACCAAACCCCUCAAAACAAACCUGCAGCGCUCCAGCACCAGCACCCAGACCUCUCCUGAACAAACCUCACAGCCGGACUCAUGAGCAUCACAUGAAGGACUUCCCGUCAUCAUCUGAACAUAAGAAUCCUCAAACACCUCCAGAGAAGACACCUGUCACCCCCAACGACAACCACAUCAUGAACCAUCCGUCUGUACCCAGACACUCUCGACCUCCUCCACCUUUACACAGAAACAUGUCGUCCACCUCACAGGUGUCUGUGAGUGUGACGGGUGUUUCUCAAGUGACGGGUGCAUCAGUUCCUUCUCUGCCUCCCAGACCCAGUGGUGGUAGACUCCUCCCUCUCUGCCCUCCUUCGAUCAAACUGGCCAAGCCUCCAGGCCCCGCCUCCUCCAAUCAGCUUCCGGCCGGUAGGGUGCCAAAAAGAGGUCCGCCCCUCCCACCCAGACCCAAAGCAGGACAUCCACUUUACAAGAGUUACUCUGUGAGCAAAGCAGUGUUUUCUGUGUGAUGGAAGCAAAUGUGUGUGAGGAAGUCACCUCGUCUCUCUAAACGUGUCUCUGUUCCACACGCAGCUUCAUUCACCUUUACUUUUCUUUCUGGAGCGUGAUAAUAUCAGUCUAUGAAAGCAUUGCGCUUCACAUCACAUCACGUGAAAGAUAAAAAUGUUUAAAGUGAAAUGAGGAGGAAAUACAAAAACGUCACUGCGUCAAUUAAUUAUUUUUUCCCCAAGGGAGUUUAUUACUAGAACAAAAGGGUUGAGCACUGCCUGAUCAAACAAUGCUUUCAUACUUAUUUUAGUGUUUGAUUGUGUGUGUGUUUGUGUGCA